GUUUCAUUCUGGAUUGCUGCGAUUUCCAUUUCCAUAACUGUUACAGAGUACCUCCGGUAUCCACAUCAUCCAUACCACUGAAGACCAGCUGGCUGCCAAUUCCACACUCUCUCUCCUCCCCAGUCCAGUCCACACAUAUCACCGGCGCUUUAUCCAUUUCAUGCAUCUUUCUUCCAGAGAAGAUACGAUAAAUGGGCAUCUGCGCCUCCUGCCUCGGGUUAAAUCGUCGGGAUAACCACGAUUCUGAAUCAUCCCGUCUCCUCGACGAUGACCUCUACCAAUCCGGUUAUGGCUACGGCGCCCUGAGCCAAGCUAACCAGCUCAACCAGCCCGACCCGGAAUACCUGAAGAGGGAAAGGGAGGCUCUUGAUGCGAUCUGUCAGCGGACGUCCGACUCCGUCGUCGAUAUCUGGUCCUUACAUCCCCAACCGCACCUUCAACCGAAAGCGACUCUGCCUUCCCACUCGCAAGAUGUUGAUCAGGACGCCCAUGUUGCGACAACUACCACUGCAACCGCAGAUGCUGAAGCGGAAUCGUCUACCCAUCCGCAUGAAGGGGGCACUGUCCCGAAACACUGGGGGGAAGUGGUUAUCAAUCCGCGCAAGAAGAGGUCGCGACCGGGUUUGAAUACAAGUGAGGGUAAUGGCCGUGAUGUCUUUGGUGUUUUGAAGGUUACUUGAUCCUCUCAGGGUCACGUACGUUGUCCUCUUCGCUUCCGCGUUAUCGGUCGCCGGUCGGCUGUUUGUUUUCUCUUCCUUAAUUCUUAUAAUUCCUCCACGCUGCAUGCAUAUUUCUUUGUUUUCUGUUUUUUCACUCUUUUGCCUCUCAUUUUCCUGUCAUGAGCAUCUUCCUUCCUUUUUUUCUUCAUGUAAAUCCCUUCAAUCAUUA